AGAGGGAGAGAGCGAAAGAGAGGGGGGAUGCUUGGUUACCUUUCAAACAAAGCAUCUGAUUUGCACAGCAAACGAAGAGGAGGGGAAAGCAACGGAGGAGGAAUGAAAGGAAAGAGAUGAAGGGAGUGAUUGCACGGUGCCACACACUUGAGUCUACCUUGAAGACAGUGUAGCGUUGGAUCACGGCAUGACAGCUCAACAGUAGUCUCCACUCCACAGCACUUCUACUGUGCUCCACCACUGUCCAGAGAGAAAGACAACAUCUAAGUAAGAAACAGUGAGGGAGUCAGCUCAACUGAUUGUGAAGGAGGGAGAGACAGAACUAAAGAAGAAGAUAGAAGAUGCACAUCAAUAGACAUUCAGAAAGAAGAAGCGGAUAGAGAGCUAAAGCACGCUGCCUGGGGAUGCAGAGCGAUUGUAGGAGGAACGUAGCAGCAGCAGCCUAGCCAGGCGGACAGACAACAUACACACAUCCCAGAGAGGAACUGUUGGCUCUGCCCCCUAGUGGAGGAUGAAGAAGCAUUCAGCCAGAGUGGCUCCUCUCAGCUCCUACAGCUCCCAGGUCCUCACCUGCUCCAUCUCCGAAGGAGAGGAGGGUUCUGAGUCUCAUGCGGACACACCAGGCAGUGAGGCCAGUGAAGAGGGGAAAUCGUACCAGACGUGUGCUAACACAGUGCUGAAGGUGCUGGGGGGCCUCCUAUUGGUCCUAUGUGUCUCCUCCUCUUGGGUGGGCACCACUCAGCUGGUCCAGCUCACCUUCAAGUCCUUCUCCUGCCCCUUCUUCAUCUCCUGGUUCAGCACCAACUGGACCAUCCUCCUCUUCCCUCUCUACUACGGAGGCCACGUGGUCACCACCAGGGACAAGCAGACGCCUAUACAGAAAUUCAGAGAGUGCAGCAGGCUUUUUGGGGAGGAUGGGAUGACCCUCAAGCUGUUCCUGAAGAGGACAGCUCCCUUCUCCAUCCUGUGGACCCUGACUAACUACCUGUACCUGCUGGCCCUGAGGAAGCUGACCGCCACUGACGCCUCAGCCCUCUACUGCUGCCACAAGGCCUUCGUCUUCCUGCUGUCAUGGAUCGUCCUAAAGGACCGCUUCAUGGGUGUACGGAUUGUGGCAGCCAUAAUGGCCAUCACAGGCAUCGUCAUGAUGGCUUACGCAGAUGGUUUCCAUGGGGACUCCAUCAUAGGCGUGGCCUUGGCUGUAGGCUCCGCGUCCACAUCGGCUCUCUACAAGGUGCUGUUUAAGAUGUUCCUGGGCAGUGCCAGCCUGGGUGAGGUGGCUCACUUCCUCUCUACCAUGGGUGUCUUCAAUCUCAUCUUCAUCUCCUUCAUCCCCCUCAUCCUCUACUUCACCAAAGUGGAACAUUGGGGCUCUCUGUCCUCGCUGCCCUGGGGAUACCUGUGUGGCCUGGCUGGGCUCUGGCUGGUGUUCAAUAUCCUAGUUAAUGUUGGAGUGGUGCUUACCUACCCCAUCCUCAUCUCUAUAGGGACAUUGCUCAGUGUGCCCGGCAAUGCAGUGGUAGAUGUGUUGAAACAUGAGGUGAUCUUCAGUGUGGUGCGUCUGGCUGCCACCUGCAUCAUCUGCCUUGGCUUCCUGUUGCUGCUGCUUCCUGAGGAGUGGGACUCCGUCACGCUGCGCUUCCUCGCUGCAUUCAAGAAGUCUGAGGAGCAUGGAGAGGAGCUGACUGAUUCCAGCAUCCACACACGCAGCCGCAGCCAAGCCAAUGGCGCCGUCUCAAUCCCUAUGGCAUGACCCCCGACCCUGUUAGCUCCCAUGAUCCUCCAAAGGCCCAUCCCAUCAUCAACCCCUAUCCUCGCACAGUUCUACAUUUCCCAUCUGGGAAGCAUGGCGGGAUGACUCCUGUGCUGACUACAGACCAGGAAGUCCAAAAUCAGGAGAACAGGAAGUGUUUCUAUGGCUGAGAGAAACUGUUGUGGAGUUGAAUCUCCUCUGUCACUUUCCCCAGGAACUAAUGGGGAGUUAAAAAGAGAACCUUACUGCUGAUUUUGCUGAGCGUAAAGUUGGAAAGUCUUGAACUCCUUGCCACACCCAGUCUUGCCCCUAGACCACAUAAGCCCAACCUUUAACCUGCACCACGGACUGUAUUCUGUGAAUAUAAAUAUUGACAGGGCCAGUUUGGCUCAAUCUUAUGUGCAUUUAUUGAAUUUACUCAGAGGUGUAUCAAUAGAGUAUUUACAUUUGACUUCUUAUAUAGUAUUAUAUACAGGAAUGGGUUGGGAAACAUAUGCUGAACAUACAGGCUCUUUUUCUUUUUUAAUAAAAGUCAAAUAAAGACCAAUAGCUUCUUGAUCAGAUCGUCUCAUAAACACAACCUUUAAAAACAUGCUAUGUUCAAGACCGGAAAAUUAUUGAAAUGGAUAUUUCAGUUAUCAAUAGCCACUGAAGUGGAUCAGGUCCACAUUCGACAAAGCAGAGCUUCUGAGGUCUCUCUCCAUAAAGCCAGGGCCUUCAUAUCAUCCUAUUACAUCACCUCUGCAUAAGCCACGUGCGUGGCACACAGACAGCAGGUUCAUGUUUAUAUGUAUAACUAACUGCUCAGUAGAUCUGCUCAAAUAUGUCACUACCAUGUCUUCGGACCUGAUUCAUCUUAGUCCCAAACAUAUCCAGCAGUAUGGAGUGUGAUUCAUUCAGUCUUAGUAAUAAUGUAUUUAAGUAAUUCUGCAGGAAUGACAGACUCUCCUCUGUCAUCCAUUCCUCUCUCUACUCCCCCUGCUCACUUACACAGAGAUCUCUGGUAAUUAGGUGAUGAAGGCUUUUAUGGCCCAGCAGCAGCCUAGCACUGAUUCAGCUGCACGUAGCACACAGCUCCUCCUCAGCCAGUCCGUGACAGCUACCAGGCAAAACAGCCUUUCAGUGGGAUAGAAAUAGAAUGAAACCAAAAUGAACGAUGGAAUAACUAAAUUCAUUUCAGGGCACUUGAAUUACUUUAUUCCUGGAGAAGAAGUGGAGUGUGUUUGUUGGAAGUAAUCUGUUCUCCUCUGAGGCUGUGAGACAGAGCUCAGUCCCCAGUCAGUGCUGUGAUGACUGGUGUGCUGUCAGUGAGACAUGACCUCUAAUGAAGCGUUUGCUGAACUGACAGAUUCAGACACUGUUGUGGAUGCUGCCUCAUUAAACCAAAUGAGCGAGAAAAGAGGAGGUGAACGAAUGUAGGGAGGGGUUUAAAUCCUCAUUAUUGAUGAUUUUCACAUCCACACACUGAGACAGAACAAAGUACAGCAUCUCCAUGUUAGGCAGGUAGUCCGAACUCUCUUCAUCAUUUGAAAAGUAUUUCUCAAAACUUUUACCUUUAUUUCUAUGUCCUGCUGUGAAUUACUUCCUUGUUGGAAACUGAAAGUAUCGUGUAUGUUGUCGAGGCAGAUUCUGUAAAUGAUCUAUUAUUAUGCCUGAACAGUUUGGAGCGUGGAGGGGAAGAGGUAUGGGGCUAGAAAAAAAGCAUGGUCUUUCAAGCAUUAACUUGGAGUUACAAAGUAACCUGUAGGGAGAGUUGUCAUAGAAGCAGCUUAUUAUUAUGAAAAAUAUAAAGACAGGGAUGGGGGCACAGACCUUCCAUUUUAACCACAACUAAACCUGUUAACUCACUUGUACAGCUGCAACAUACAGAAUGGAGACCUGAGAUGUAUGCCACCACAACUGACUUGGGGAGUUAUUGUGUAACUAAGGGUGUCAUACCAACAGGCUAUGCUAAUUUAUCAAGAAAGAAAAGUAAACUACAGUACAUCAAGAACCGUAGCAGCUGGUGGUGGAGCAUUAAACACCACAUACAGCCAAACGAAUGAGAGAACAUGAGCGGAGGACUUAAAACAAGUGAGGUGAGACAAGUUCUUCUGAUUUCAACACUGAAAGUAACUUAGACCGUCCGGAUUUCAUAAUAUUAACAAACCCAAAUUAGAGUGUGAUUGCUUGACUCAUCAACAGACUUUUGCUAAAAGCAUAGCAUAGCAUAGCAUAGCAGCCUAACGGCCAUAGCAGAGGGCUAGUGGUGGACUAUGGGCUCUACAGGAUCCAGGUCCAGGCUGAGUCAGGUGGCCCCAUGUCACAGUCAGCCAGAGGGAGACCUGGACCAGCAGGCCAGUCAUCCCACCUCACAAUGGACCAUCUCUGCUGUGCCAACCCCACUGGAGCCACAACAUGGGCCCCUAGGACAUAGGACUAUCCAGCUGCCCCCACUGAAAAUGGAAAACCCUGCAAGCUUCCCCCCACUAUCUACAGAAUCAUCAUAUGUAGCAAGCAGCCUUCCACAGAGUCAAAGCAACAUUUGUGGACCAAGCAUCAUUCAUUCUCAUCCACCACGAAGACUACAGGUGUUGCAACCACUGGCCCCUCUUAGUGCAGGCCUCAAGGUUACUGCCAAUCACAUGGCCAUGGGAGGACUCCUGGAGGCACAGAUGGUCCUCAGUCAACAGGCCCAGCGAAGAAGGAGAGCCCACCAGAGACGAGUCCGAGAGCAGCGGGUCCACGAGAGGACAAUCUACAUAGAUAAUGUUGAAGCACCAAGCAGCAAAGGGAUACAGAGACUGCAUCUGCUAAACAGGCCAACCCAAAGGGACAUAUUUUGGGAUGAGAUGACAGGAGAGAGUCUCGACCUCAAGGAGAUCCUCCAACCAAGCCCCCUUCCCCUGGAGCAGGGAGAGAGACAGCAGUCCCAGCCUGGACCACCACAGUGCCUGUGUAGGGAUGAAGAGCUGAUCAACAGAGACUUGGCAUGGGGAGGCCUCAGGAAUCCUCACUGGAAAACCAAUACUCUCACAGACAGAGUAGAAGGGGAGACAGAUGGUGGACUGACCAUGAGGAAAACCUUACCUUCGAUGCUGGACUGGAAGACAGAGAAACAAAGAGAUACAAUUCCCAAACACUUGAGCUCUUUGGGGGAUAAUGAGAGGGCUAGUAGGAGGCCUCUGAGAGGCUGGCAGAGAGAGGGCAUUAGAGGUCUAUGUCAUGGGGAGAGAGGGAUUUGGGAACCUGACCUGGAGUAGGAGCUGUUUGAGGGGUUUACUAAUCUGGAUUAGAUCGGAUCUCCAAUCUCAGUUUGCGAAAUUCUAAUGGUGUAUAGGUGGUCACUUCAUUUUGAAAAGCAGAAAUUGUAGCUCAUUUAUCUUUUAAACUGUUAGCAUUUUCACUGUAUGAUCACAUGGCAAACUAAAUAUUGGUUUGUCAUAACCAAAGUAUUUCAGAGAAUGUGUCCACCACCAGUGUUAAACUAUCACCUGAAUGUAUUCAUAGGAUUGCUUAAUUAAAAUAGCAGCUGUGGUUAAAGUCUAGGAAUGCUUCAUUAGAAUAGCAGAUGUGGUUAAAGUAAGUCUCAUUGUGGGAACAAAUCUGUUUUCCAUAACAAAUAAAUGUGUUUAUGAAAGUGAAUCAGUGUGUUUUUAUUCCAGCCUGUUUGAAGGCAGUGUGUGGCGCCCUCUAGGGAUGAUAGUGAUACUACAGGUGUGGAAAGGUCUAA